UUCUUUACUCCAGUUGCAUUGCAGGCUUUCUGAGGCCCAAAAUUAAACUAAGCCCAACCCACAGUACCAUAUUGCUAUUUGCUACUUCACUACUUCUUCUUCGUCGUCGUCGUCGUGGCCAAGAAUCAGUGGUUGGGGGCAAACGAAAUCGUCACAGUUCCUAUUCUUCUCUUACUCCGAGAAAAAUCCAGACCUGCCCAAAGGAAAUUAGAGGUCAACAAUGGUUAUAAGCUUGCAAAUACCCAUGUCUACCUCACUGCCAUCGUCUUCGUAUUCACCAUCUACUAGGCCCAGAGCUCUUAGCAAUUUCAGGACCUUAUGUGCUGUUAAUGCCAGGGCAAAAGCUAAAAUCCCCGUUCCCCCCAUCAACCCCAAGGACCCAUUUUUGUCGAAGCUUGCUUCAGUCGCUGCAACUUCACCAGAGACGUUGCUGAACCGCCCUUCCAACUCCGACACACCCCCUUACUUGGAUUUGUUCGACUCUCCGACCCUCAUGGCUACGCCUGCUCAAGUGGAAAGGUCAGUUUCAUACAACGAGCACAGGCCUAGGAGGCCGCCUCCGGACUUACCUUCAUUGUUGCUCCAUGGAAGAAUUGUUUAUAUUGGCAUGCCUUUAGUACCAGCUGUGACAGAACUUGUUGUUGCGGAGUUGAUGUAUCUUCAGUGGAUGGAUCCCAAAGAGCCGAUAUAUAUUUAUAUAAACUCUACAGGAACCACUCGUGAUGAUGGUGAAACUGUUGGGAUGGAGACAGAGGGAUUUGCUAUAUAUGAUGCAAUGAGGCAGUUAAAAAAUGAGAUACAUACGGUUGCUGUUGGAGCUGCUAUAGGUCAAGCAUGUCUAUUACUUUCUGCAGGAAGUAAGGGUAAACGGUUUAUGAUGCCUCAUGCAAAAGCCAUGAUCCAACAACCUCGAGUCCCAUCAUCUGGUUUGAUGCCUGCUAGUGAUGUUCUAAUUCGUGCAAAAGAGAUUGUAACAAAUAGAGAUACUCUUGUCAAACUUCUGGCUAGACAUACUGGAAAUUCGGAAGAGACUGUAGCCAAGGUUAUGAGAAGGCCAUUUUACAUGGAUGCUACAAGAGCUAAAGAAUUCGGGGUGAUUGAUAAAGUUCUCUGGCGUGGUCAAGAAAAGAUAAUGUCCGCUGUGGCUCCUCCGGAAGAUUGGGACAAGGGCGCUGGAAUCAAAGCUGUUGAUGGGAUAUAGUUUCUUAUGGGGUAGAUAUGACUUACUCAAUGAAUUCCUAUAGAAGGAGAAAGCUACAAAUGGUAUGUUUUUCAGAUGGUGAUCUGAUUUUCUUUAGUGCCUUGAGAGGCAUUCGACAUGGAGCCAUACCUUUUCUUGAAAGUAGAUAGCCAGGCAAAUCACGAGGUUUGAAGAUUGAGGCUCAGAGUGUCCUAAAUACUAAAAAAGAUUAUGGAUCAUUGUAAUGGUUUUGAGUAUUGAAACUCAUGCUCCUCAAAAUGUCCAUGAUUAAAAUUAUUUUUGAAGACUUCGAAGCUUGGAGUUUCUCUAAUGUCUCUCUGGUGACUACUAAAUUACUAAUCUUGUUCCCCAAUCUCUUGGAAAUAAAGUGAUGACCUCCAAUCAUAACUCACAUCACAUUAUUAUUUGAUUUAUAAAAAGAAUUACUA